UGGAGGAUGUGCGCAUAACCUGGCUGAAUUUCUCCCAUGUGCUCUAGCUGACAGAGCAUGUGUUCGGUAUCCAUUGCAUAGAACUCUUUAAUACAUAUUGCUUGAGGAGGAGUCUGUGUGUCUACCAGACCAGAGUGAAGCUUGCUGGGUCUUGGGACAACCGGAGUUGCCGUCAUUUUUGUUGGGGUCGUGAGAGAAUCCCAACAAAGCUACAAAAAGACAUACAGCCGGUGAGUGUCCAUAGACAUUUCUAAGACUGUGUUGAGUGGAACUGAGGGACAGUAUAGUUAAAACAAAUUUAUUGCAAUGGCCGAAAGACAGACUUCUGACCAUGCUGGCGCGGUCUUCCAAACUCUGGGUGACUCCCCUCGCCAUGCUCCCCGCAAGAUGGGCUCCAUGUUUGAGACCGUCGCGGGCGGAGGCAACUCGCUGCAGUUCUCCGAGGAGAAGCCCCGCCCGCAAUCUGCCAAGAAGGAUGACAAGGGCAUGGACUCGCCACGUAAUCCCCGCAAGCCGAUGGGCUCUAUGUUCACCACUGUCGAGGCCAACCAGGACAGCUUCAAAUUCCCCUCAGAGCGGGGUGAGGGGCGUCCCCGCCCGCGCCAGGAUUCCGGCGCCGGCACCGAGUCGGACGGCUCAGGUUACUCCUCGCCUCGGCAUGGGCGCAGCCGUGUCAAGGGCUCCAUGUUCGACACAGUGGAUGGGGGUGGCAACUCGCUCCAAUUUGACUCGGAGCGGAAGGUCGGCAGCGCCCAGCGGAGCGACUCGAGAACGAGCAACGUCAGCGACUCUCCUAGGCACACCCCACCCGAUGCCGUCUUCAACAUAGUGGAGCAGGGCAGCGGCAACCUGGAAGCGGGGAAGGACCACAAGCGAGACCCCUCGCCCAUCUUCGAGAGGACGCCCCGGGUGAGGAACACGCCCACCCAGAGCAAGUCGUGCGGUGGGGGGCCCGAGAGCACCGACGGGGGUACCAUCCCCAGGGACAUGACCAUGAGCAUGGUGCCAGUUGACGAAGAUGCGGAGUCACUUUGUGAUAUGGAUUCAGAAAUGGCGGCGACGGCUCAAGCUCGUAUCCUGAUCAAAGGAGGCAAGGUGGUCAAUGCCGACCACUCCUUUCAUGCGGACGUCUACAUUGAGGAUGGAACCAUUCGACAAGUUGGCAAGGACCUCAUCACCCCUGGUGGUGCCAAGGUCCUGGACGCCAAGGGCAAGCUGAUCAUUCCUGGAGGGAUCGACACUCACACCCAUAUGCAGAUGCCCUUCAUGGGCACCGUGGCUAUCGAUGACUUCUACCAGGGAACCAAAGCUGCCUUGGCUGGAGGAACUACCAUGAUCAUUGAUCACUGCCUCCCGCAGAAGGGCGAGCCACUCUUGGAAGCUUACGAGAAGUGGCGUGGCUGGGCUGACCCCAAGGUCUGCUGUGACUACUCCCUUCAUGUGGGCGUGACCUGGUGGGGGGAUGGCGUGGCUGAGGACAUUGCCACCCUGUGUCAGGAGAAAGGUGUGAAUUCCUUCAAGAUGUUCAUGGCCUAUAAGGGAGUCUUUAUGCUCUCAGACGAUGAGUUGUACAAAUCCUUCAGCAUAAUCAAGGAAAACGGGGCCCUGGCCUUGAUGCAUGCAGAGAACGGGGACAUCAUUGAUGAGAACACCAAGAAGAUGCAAUCUCUGGGUAUCACUGGCCCAGAGGGCCACCUCCAGAGCCGACCGGAGGACGUGGAGGCCGAGGCUACCACUCGGUCGAUAUGCAUAGCCAAUCAGGUUAACUGUCCCCUGUACAUAGUGCAUGUUAUGAGCCGCAGUGCCGCCGAUGCCAUACGAAAGGCCAGGAGCGAAGGCAAAGUGGUUUUUGGUGAGCCCAUCGCUGCCUCGCUGGGCACAGAUGGAUCCCACUACUUCUGUAAGGACUGGCGCCAUGCGGCCGCCCACGUCAUGGGGCCACCGCUGCGACCUGACCCCACUACCCCGGGCUACCUGAUGGACCUUCUAGCAAACGGUGACCUGCAGCUCACGGGGACAGACAACUGCACCUUCAGCUCGGACCAGAAGGCCUUGGGUAAGGACGACUUCAGUCGUAUACCCAACGGGGUCAACGGCGUGGAGGACAGGAUGUCGGUCAUCUGGGAGAAGGGCGUGGUAACUGGGAAGAUGGAUGCCAACAGAUUUGUCGCUGUAACCAGCACCAAUGCAGCCAAGAUCUUCAACAUGUACCCACGCAAGGGUGUCAUCCAAGUCGGGGCCGAUGCUGAUAUCGUCAUCUGGGAUCCCGAGGCCACCCGAGUCAUCUCCAAAAAUACACACCACCAGGCUGUGGACUUCAACAUCUUCGAGGGCAUGGAGUGCCACGGUGUCCCUGUCAUCACCAUCAGCCAGGGACGGAUAGUCUGGGAGGACGGAGAGCUCCACGUGACACAAGGAGCUGGCCGUUUUAUUCCCCGCCCGCUGCAUGCCCCCGAAGCCUACAACAGGAUCUUGAUCCGCGAUAGGGUCAACCAGCCCAUCAAGGUAGAACGUGAGCCCUACGACGGUCCCGUCUGGACACCGGAAGGCCCCAAGAAGCAGACCAAUAUCCCCAGGAACGUCCCCGUGGCCCCGGCCGAAGAGUUUGCCAAUCGCAACAUCCCUGCCACCAAGGCAGGGAGUAGGGACCUGCAUCGGUCUGGCUUCAGCCUCUCCGGACGGCAGAUCGAUGACAACGUUCCACAUCGAGCAGCCCACAAGCCUCUGGCGCCACCGGGGGGCAUCUCUAGCAUCCAGUUUUAAGGAGGAACCUGCUCCAUAGCAACCAUUUCAGAUAGCACGAUAGCACAGCUGUAGUGAACCUUGUUGUAAACCUGCAAACUUUAAUAGACAGUCCAUUCCCUCUUCAGAGGUGACAUGUAUAUGAUAGUGCUGAUGGAGGUGAUCUGAUCCCGGUCAUUUCUUGAUCAAGAUCAUUUCUUGAUCAAGAUGCAUAAAGUAGCUAGGCAGGAAAAAGGAUUGCUUACUAAUAGACCCUGAAAGAGGAUCAGUACCAGUCCGGGAUUAAAGUUAAAAAGUUUUUGUUGAAGUGUGUUUCUGCUGAAUAAAAUUUUUUCCGCUCAGGACAAUUUGUGUGCUUUAUUAGCAAAUAUGGGUCCCUUGCAUAAAAUCUUACAAAGGUUUUCCACAACCCUUUCACUACCGUAGACUUCACAUAGUCUACUACCAGAUCCCAUGCACACACAAAAUUAACAUCAAGUACCCAUCUGUAUGUGCCCUAGAUAUUCCAGAGGCACCUGUUGGGGUGUCUUACUUAGGCAGUUACACAUUUGUGGAAGUCGUUCUGAAUGACAGACCUGCAGUUUGUUUGGCAAAGAGUUUCCCUUUUAGUAGAUCUUGUGAGCUCGUCAUCAGCUUCACAAGAUUGGCGUUGCUUAACACAGAAUAUCCUGGCCAGCUGACUAGGAGGGUUAACCUACGCAAAGAGAUACAUACAAGCUUUGUUAACUGAGGCUGAUCAGUGUUGUAGCGGAACUAAUCACGGUAAAACUCCCCACUCACCACACACAAUACCCCUUCCAUCACAGUCCAGAUUUGUAGGACACAGGUGCAAAAGGUGUUAUCAAUUUAAAAGUGGUUACCAAACUACUGAAGCCAUCAGAGUGAUACAUUGUACAUAUUCAUGGCACAGUGCACUGGGCUAUUUUUCAGUCUGAUUAGCACAAAAUCUUAUUGCAUGCAUGCAUGCACGCACGCACCUAGGCGCAGUAGACACACGUCCCCGUCAUUAGGUAGUAUGAAAGCUGCGGUCGUUAACAGGAAACCUACUUACCGGUACUUAGCUCUGUGUGGUCCUUUAUUGCAAAUGUAACAUACAUGUGUCUCUAUAGAAUUUGGAACUAUGAACAAGCCUGGAAAACCUCAGGGUUUUCCCUUCGAUGGUUUUUUUGAUAAUCCAUUUUCUUGCCAUAUGUAAUUUGCUACUGUGUCAUUUUUAUCACUGAAAGGAAAAAAACUGCCGAGAAAGAAGUUUUGAACUGAUGCUCUUCACGCUAGAAUACUUUCUGCCCCGAUGGAGUGUUCUUUCAUAGGUCCAGACUGCUUCUACCUUCAAGUCUGACACUCAUUUAGAUACCGUAUUUUGACUUAGUGAAUUUGAUGUCUCGUGUUCCUUCCGUCAGGGAUCUUUUUCGUGACUGUAGAGAACACAUAAGCAAAUUUUACGAGGAACAAACAACAGCAGGAUAAUGGAAGUAUUUUUGUAGCUUAGAGGUGAGGAAAUUGAACCAAAUAACAAAACCUUUUUUUUUUAAUUCCGAAUAUAUUACUGAUUUGUAGCACAAAAAUUUAGUAGACGUAGUCGCAUGUCACCUGUAUGCAAUUCAGAAAGCAAUGCACAGUAGAAGCUGAGAGCACUAUUAGCGUGUGUCAAUGUGUGAUUUCCCCCCAUUUUUUGGAGUUUUAAAAACAAGUGUUUUAUGUACAUAAUUGUUUCUGUUAAAGAUAUUAUUUGCUGAAGGUCUGAGACUUUAUCAUCACCGUGCAGAGCGUCACAUUUACUCGGCAAAAAGUGGCGUUGAAACAGCACCGUGUGGUGUUUACAUUAAACAGAGGUGUGCAAAUGCAGCUUUUUAGCUGAUUUCAGCAUUUUUUGUUUAGACGUUGACCUCCAAUUUCGGCUUUUUUGGUGCUCCUGCUGUGUACAAACGUAAGGGACUUCUUACAUUUCAGCUUUUUGCUUGCUGUUCGCAGCUUGGCCAGCAUCAGCAUGGCCACUCGCACCUCUGGUUAAACCCUUUCAGUGUUACACCACACUGUGUUAAUUUAACACCACCGUUUUUGCAGUGUAUGUGUUUGUGUACCAAGCACUUGGCGCUACGCUUGGAGAGGACAAAAAGGUGCAGACGUUAUAAUGUGGGCCCAAUGACUCAGGCUUUGGUCGUGUAUAAUUAUAUGAUGAGGCCUCUAGUUUGAUUUUUAAAUUUCUGCUAGGCCGUGCUACUUCUCUCUGAGAUUUUACUGUUCUUCCAAAAUGUGUAUUAAUUCGUGUAGCAGCUUUGAAGUGAUGUGUCUGAAAUGAAUCUCUUGAAUAUCAGCUUGUGAGUUGUGAUGGUAAUUAGACCAAAGGUCCAUAUUUUCUAAACUAGAUUGUUUCUAUGGUUUAUAUGUAUAUUCUAAUUAACCACGAGCGCUCGCCGCACAGUUAUAUUGUGACCACGUCUGAGUCCAAGCUGUGCUUUCCAACCAAGCGCUCUCCGAUUAGCUUAUGCGUUUAGCCUGGAGCCUACCAUGUUUUUCAUCGUGGCUAAUGUAUUGACACAGAAGUUUGCACUACGUAGCGCGGUCAAGGGGCCUUCACUACCCUGUAAUGUAAGUAGGCUAUGCAUGCCACAUGCGGGAUUACAGUGAAUGGGCAUUGCGUGGUGAUCGGUUCGCAUCAGGUGAACCAUGUUGAGGUAUAUCUUCAUACACAGGUUCAGGUCGCUAUCCCUCCCAUGCUUUAACACAGGUUUAAAUCGGCAGUUUUGGGGCAGGUUAAUAGAAGUCCCCCUCACAAGCAAGUCAGUUAGCUUGCUCAUAGAUUUGUCAAAAAUUUAGCAUGUACAUUGAAAAAUUCCGUGGUACUUAUUUCUAUAACGUUAUCAGUGUCAAGAAGCCAGUUCGGUAUUUCAAGAAGCCAAGGCCUUUCGGGAACAAAACGCGCGCGCGUGAGUCAGCGUAUGGCUACGCUGAUAGGGGAGACUAUUGCGCGCGCGCAUAGCUGUUCCCGAAUGGCCUCGCACUGGGCAUGCACUGUUUGAUUACCGACUUGGCUCAUUACGUAAGGUGGCCUUAAAGUAAUGGGAGCAGAAAGAGUUGUGUGUUUGGAAAGACUGAGUGUUCUGGUAGUGAGGAAUUGCUUGCACGUUCAGAAUAAAAAAAAUGAUAAGCAGUGUAAUAUAUAGACGUUUCAGAAUAAUAUGUAAACUGAAUUAGAGCGCAUUUUGACAGUGAUGCAGACGAAGCAAGUGGUGCUUUUUACAAUGGCAAAUCAAAAAUAGCAAACCUUUUGUCUAGGUUUCCCACUUUGUCUUGGACCGCAUUUUGAAUGCCCUUUCUUUUCAUAAUGGUUGACAUCUCACUACACAGGUUGAGAAACAGUGGUAUUUCCAGGUUGUAUAAACUCCGACCACAACCAAACACUUCCAAUAUACCCAUAACAGUUCCAAUGUUACCAACAUAUCUCAAAGACAUCUCACCGUAGAAGACACAAUCGGUAGAUAUAUCCUGAUAUUUCACUUACAGAUUUCUUUCUUUGUGAUAUUAACUCGGGAAGCCUCUGAGGUUUUUGAAGUGACCCGUAUUGUAAUGUGUCAAAUGGUGCGGGAUGUUCCGUGCUUGCAGUUUGAAAGGUGUCGCUUUGGCGUUGUAGCAAUGUUGAUUAUGUCAACAUGCACGAAGCAUUCUCAAAAUAAGACAUCCGUGAUUGUACAUCAAGCUACAUGUAGUUAUAUUGACGAGACAGCGGCCUUUCCAGUGGGCCUCCAUGUACAAACACUGCAUGCAAGGUCGAUGUGUUCUGAAUAGUGGUGCGUAUUUUCAUGAUCUAUAUCCAUUUCCAUGGUAACAGACUCUUAGUGUUUCGUCAGUGCAUGGUGUGUAAAUCGUACCUCGUCUAAAGUUCAAAUAUCAGUGUUUGGUAAUCAAGUGCUACUGGUGAGUGUAUCGCUUGCAGUCGAAACAAGCAAACCGUUUGUGUCUUUGUAACGAUUGAUGUAACACCAAUCACUUAUUGGUUAAAUUGAAUAAAAAAGAUCACGCCAGUUGGUAGAGAGAUUUGAUGAAUUAA